UGUCUGUGUGAGUGCAGCCGUUGUCACACUCCCUACAUCUGUAAAAAACUAUUUUUUGUUUUUGUUUUUAUUUCGCAAUUUUGUCAAAACGGCGGAGAUGUUAUUGUUAGAAAAAUCAAAGGCAGUAAUAAUAGUCAGUGGUAGAUACUAAGUGGGCGAUACAGCCGAAUAAUAACAGGAAUAGAAAUGGCUAGCAUUGCCAUUCGAUUAGCACGACAAACAUCGGCAAACACAAUUUGGAAAUCAGCGAAACGAACGUAUGUCACACAGCCACCGAAUCUGAAAUUGACCGACAACUGUAUCAAACGCGUCCAGGAAAUAUGCAGCGACAACAAAUCAUUCUUACGUAUCACAGUGGACGGCGGAGGAUGUUCGGGCUUUCAAUACAAAUUCGAUAUUGACGAUAAGAUCAGCGAUGAGGACUCAUUUCUCGGACCGGACAACCGUAUUGUCAUCGACAAUGUUUCACUGGAAUAUUGUGCCGGCUCGACCAUCGACUAUCAUGUUGAGUUGAUAAAAUCCGGCUUCCGAAUCGUAAAUAAUCCGAAAGCGGAACAGGGAUGUUCAUGUGGUGCAUCGUUUGCGCUGAAAUUGGACUGAAUGGGUUGGAAAGUGCAAAGUAGGAGAAUGAUGAAACUGAUCCAGUUUUCUGUAGUUAAACAUGUUGUUUGUAAAUAAAUCAGUAAAAUAGAGAAAAUCA